UGAGCAUGAGAAAGAGAUGAUAUUGAUACAUGAUAUAGAGCAAUAUCUCCUGUAGAAGUUCCCCUCGAAGCAAAACCAUGCUAACAGAGAUGAUAAUCCGACCCCUCCAUCUCCCUCCUCAAGCUCUCCUCAUCCCUCACUCCUCUAAACCCUCCAAAACCCCUUCUUCUUCUUCUAAUCUCAACACCAAAAACCCACCUUCUUCUUCUUCUUCUUCCUCAGACUCAGGCCUGCUCUUCCGCCAGAAAAUCCUCUACCUUGAAAACCUCAACGUCAAUUCCCACAAAGCUCUCCAACUCAACCCAGAUUUCCGUUCCACCCCACUCUCUUCCCUCCUCUCCGUCGAGCAAUGCCUCUCUUCCUUUGGCCUCACUCGCUCUUCCCUUGGUCGAAUUCUAGACAUGUACCCACAGCUCCUCACCUCUGACCCUCACACCCAACUCUACCCCAUCUUUGAUUUCCUUCUCAACGAGGUCCGAAUCCCAUUUCUUCACAUUCCAAAGUCCAUAACUCGAUGCCCCAGAAUCUUAGUUUCCAGUGUCCCAAACCAGUUAAGACCCACUUUCUCUUUUUUGCAAAACUUGGGUUUUGUGGGUCCUCAUUCAAUCACUUCUCACACCGUAGUGCUAUUGGUUUCAAGUGUGGAAGAUACUCUUUUGCCAAAGAUUCAGUUUUUGCAAAGUUUGGGGUUUUCUCAUGAGGAAGUGGCUACCAUGGUGAUAAGGUCACCUGGGUUGUUGACUUUUAGUAUUACAAAUAAUUUGCUCCCCAAGGUGAAGUAUUUCUUGGAGGAAAUGAAAGGGGAUAUAGUGGAAUUGAAGAGGUUUCCUCAGUAUUUUUCGUUUAGUUUGGAGGGGAAGAUUAAGCCUAGGCAUAGGCUUUUGCUCGAGCACCGUUUGUCGCUGCCAUUGCCGGCGAUGUUGAAGGUUAGUGAUGGCGAGUUCACUGCGAGGUUGAUUGAGUUGCGGUUGCGGUUGCGGUUGCGGUCUAUUGAGGGGAUGUAAAUGGCUGUUUAACAGAUCGAAUUUUGUGGGCCCAAGAGGAACACGCCCGGCUGCCUGCAUUCUAUUUAUCCCCCCUCCCCCCCUUUUUGUUUCAACCAAACAGGGGAAAACUGUAUUCUCCUGUCAUCCAUUUCUUCCCCCUCAUUUCUUUCCAUCCAACCAAAUGCAUCGUUACAGAUAUUAACAUCCAAUGAAUGUGAUUGAUAUGUGGUGAGGGGAAAUCAUCCUUAGGGUAGCCUUUUUCAAGUUGCACAAAGUUGUAUGCACAUUCUAACCUUUUUGUCCUUGAACAAGAGCGAUUUUGACUAGCCAUUUAGGAAUGCAUUCAUUGCUAAAAGCUCUGCUUAGGAUUACUUAUCAACCACAACAAAACUUGUGUCCCAAAACUAUGGGUUGGCUACGGAUCCUCAACAGGUUAAUAAGGGUCUUUCACAUGUAUUCUUCUCUUGCUUAGUAUUAGUUAACAAUUUCUUUUUAAAAUUUUCAGACUCGUGGAAUAUUAUUCAAUGUUUGUUUAAUAGGCAUGAAACCUCUAAGAGGCUGCUUGGAGGUCAUGAGAUGUUAAGGUCAUGUUUGGUAACUG